UCUGUCUGCUUCUUGGUCCUCAUCACUGUCAUCUCUAGACAAACUCUUCUUUGUCUUCAUCUCCUUCACCUUUUAAAGGAACAGUCAACACCCAAAUUUUGUCAAUUCUCAAUCAAAAUAUACCUAUCUAGAAACAAAUUUAUGAUAUUUUGAAUAGCAGCCGGCCUUUUGUUUACCUAAAAAAUAAUUCUAAACAUCCCGCCCUCGCCAAUCAUUUUGCCAUUGUAUCGCGGGCUCAGAAAUUUAAGCCUAUGACGUAGCAAAGUCAAACCAYGCUUUGGUUGCUACUGUCGCAUAGUCACAACACUGUUUUUGAUUCUCUUUUUGAAGAACAUUUCAGCUUUUCCUGUCCAUUUUACGUGUUUUUAUUACUGUCUAAUGUCUGAAGACUCAAGUUCAAGUUCUGAGAGUUCUGAAAGCUCGUUUGAGGAGGACUUUCCACAGCAAAUGUUUACAAGUUUUGACGGUGAAGAAUUGCAAAUUCAACCUUAUCUGUUCGAGCCUGAACUUCAGAUCGAAACGUCAGAAGAUAGUGAGGAUUCAGCAGAAGAAGUCGAAGAAAACGAAACUGAUGUUGGUCGUCUUCAAAGCUCGAGCUGGUGCGAGUGUGGUGGUAAUUGCCAAGUAAUGGACAGAAGCGAAGAAUGUAUUUGCUGUCAAGAAAUACAAAAAGUCUUCAAUAAAUGCCAGGAAGUUGUUGCAGAUGGAGAAGCAGCAAGCCCCCCUACCUGUAUAACUCAACAUCCAGGAUUUUUGCCUGUUUGCACUAAUAAAUAUGUCCUACAGACUGCAUGGUUGCAGUAUAAACAGCAAUACCAGGAGUCCCAUGAAGGUCCAGAGCACAAGAAAUUUAGACAUAUAGCCUAUCGUCAACUGGCAAGGUGGUGCUGGGGAAUCCUGGGGAAAGAAAUCAGAGUUGUCCUCCCUUCUUGUGCAGUUAUGUGUAUAAGACAACAUUUUCCUCCACCAGGUCUAGAGGAAGACUUCAUUUAUGAGGGAUUUCACUAUGCAGAUGAAUAGACAUCAUAAGUCUGAGUAUUCAUGUAAAUAAAAGUGUCCUGUUCACCAAGACACAAGAAGGAAACAUCAACUAUUUUGUAUAACUGUUUACUUUGGAAAAAAUAUGUAUGACCUUGCUCAUACUAAAGGAAAUAUUUACACUUAUUUUCAUCUUUACAUAUUUUAUGUUAUUCAUGUCCUGCUAAAAAGCACAAUCUUUUUAAAAGAAGGCUUUGCUAUAGCAUUUUAUUGACACAAGCACUAAUGGAUUGUCUGGUUAUUAUUGCUUCACUGGCUAUUUCAUUGGCUAUUUCAAAAUAUUGUUAAACUACACGUACCUUUCAUAU